AGAGAGAGAAGGAAUAAUAGGAGGUGUAGUUUGGGAAAAACAAUGGAGUUGGAUAGUUUCUUACCUCUUUUACUGUUAAUUUUCUCAUGUUCUUGCUUACCCGUUCUUCCUUGCCAAAAUUGUGUCAAAGUUGGCAAAUCAAUCACUGGGAAUCAGAAAUUGGUUUCAGCUGAUAGAAGUUUUGCCUUAGGAUUUUUCACUCCAUCAAAUUCAACGUACACCUAUCUUGGCUUAUGGUACAACAUAAUCCCUCAACAAACAGUCGUUUGGGUUGCCAACAGAGAAUCUCCAAUCCCACAGAAUGCUUCACCAGUUUUCACUAUCGGCGAUGAUGGAAAUUUAGUGAUUUUCGAUGAAAAAGGCAAACUCAUCUGGUCAUCAAAUGUCUCAUCAACAGCACCGGAAUCAUUAUUAACUUCAAAUUCUACUAUCGGAAUAUUGUUAGAUAACGGGAACCUUGUUCUUCGACACUACGGUGAGUCCACUUAUUUGUGGCAGAGCUUCCAGUAUCCUACAGAUACGCUAUUACGCCAUAUGAGAUUUGGUUUCAAUAAAAUUAGUGGCUUACGAAAUGUGAUCACUUCAUGGACAAGUAAUGACGAUGCUCGCCCUGGAAAUUUCUCUUUUGGAAUAGACCCUACUGAAGGGGUUAUGCGUUUUGUCAUUUGGAACCGAAACGGUAUUUAUUAUAGAUUUGACGAUAGUUGCAGAGCGUAUAUACUAGCAACAGUGUGGUGUUUCACUGUUGUUACUGAAAAUGAUAAUGUAUAUCUUAAUUUAGCUUACUACAGAAUCUUUCUGAGAUUAAGAAUCGUUCUGAAUCCGAGCGGGCACCUUCAGGUGAUGGUGUGGAAUCGGAAUGGAAGUAACAGAUGGAAUGUUGAAUUUGAAGCACCACAAUCUAAGUGUGACCUUUACGCACAGUGUGGUCCGUUUGGUAUCUGUGGGAUCAGAUCAAGUGGAUUAUGCAGUUGUUUAGACGGAUUUGAACCUAAAUUUUCGACAGAUUGGGCAAAUGAGAAAUGGAUUGGAGGUUGUGUGAGAAAAAUAGCGUUGGGGUGUGAUGGUGGAGAUGGAUUUUUUAAGCACGAGAAUAUGAAAUUGCCAGAUCAUGCUGUCUCUUUAGGAAAUAUGAGCACCGAAGAGUGUGAAACUCAGUGCAUUAAGAACUGCUCCUGUUCAGCUUAUGCUUGUACGAAAAACGCCUGUUUUAUAUGGCAUGGAGAUUUACUGGAUCUUGGGCAUGACACUACUAACGGCAGAGCUCUCUAUGUUCGAGUUCACGUGUUAGAGCUAGUUACUGAUAAUCUAUCUGGGAAUUCAGCUCGAAGAUACAAAAUUCUCACUGUGAAAAUUGUUUCUGCAAUUUUUGCAAUCUUGCUUCUUGUUAGUACCUCUGCUUUUAUCUUCAAAAGAAAGCGCUUGAAAAGACGAGAUAAGAUGGACGGAGAUUCUGCUUUAGUUAGCUCCAUGCCUAGUGGAUCUUUAGUUGGGAAAGAUGAUAUGAAGUUGGUACAGUACAGCCUGCAGAAUAUAAGAGACGCAACAAACAACUUCCAUGAAAGUAACAAACUUGGAGAAGGUGGUUUUGGCCCCGUGUUUAAGGGAUCUUUGGCUGAAUUUGGAGACGUAGCCAUCAAAAGGUUAAGCAGGAGGUCAUCACAAGGACUGGAGGAGUUCAUGAAUGAGUUGAAGCUAAUAGCGAAUUUGCAGCACAAAAAUCUAGUCAGCCUCUUAGGAUGUUGCAUUGAAGGGGAGGAGAAGAUAUUGAUCUAUGAGUAUAUGCCCAAUUGCAGCCUGGACAAAUUUAUUUCUGACCCUUCGUUGAAGGUUACACUCGAUUGGGAUACACGUUUUGGGAUAAUAGAAGGAAUUGCUCAAGGAAUACUUUACCUGCAUAAGUACUCGAGAUUAAAAGUCAUCCACAGGGACUUGAAGGUAAGCAACAUUCUGCUAGAUCAAGAGAUGAUCCCAAAAAUAUCAGAUUUUGGAAUGGCAAGGAUUUUCGGGACUGAUCAAACACAGGCCAGUACAAAACGAGUGGUUGGUACAUAUGGCUAUAUGUCUCCAGAAUACGUAGUAUAUGGCCAAUUCUCGGAGAAAUCAGAUGUAUUCAGCUUUGGAGUAUUGCUGUUGGAAAUCUUGACUGGUGAACGAAACUCAGACUUCUUCAUGACUGAAGUUUGUGUGUCUCUAUUAGGAUGGGCAUGGAAAAUGUGGAAAGAAGGAAGAAUGUUGGAGCUAAUAGAUCCAUCAAUAAGGGCGACCUGCGACAGUAACAAAACAACACGGUCUGUUCUGGUUGCUCUUCUUUGCGUUCAAGAAAUUCCUACUGAUCGACCAACAAUGUCUGAUAUAGUUGUCAUGUUAAGCAACGAAACAACUCCCAUCCCUGAGCCAAAAGAACCGGCUUUUCGCAGCAGCUGGCGACAUCAAAAGUUAAACGAUGUUUCCAUAAAUGAGUUGACAUUUACUUUGCCAGUACCUAGAUGAGAGGAUUUAGCUUUCCAUAUUUCUUAUGGAAUUAAUCUUAUUUUGAAAAGAACCAUCUCAAAAAUGUUUAGCACUGUAAAUAAAAAAUCAAAAACCAAUUAAAUUACUCCC